AUGGCUAGCGUCGCGAAAUCGAGUUUGACAGUAUUAUUGUCAACGGUGCAGGCCGAAGUUCUCGACGUUCACGGAAAUCUCUUCCCUGUUCGCAUUCUUUUAGACAGUGCCAGUCAAUUAAAUUUCAUUUCGGAAAAUUGCAUGAAAAAGGGUGGUUUCAAACGAACCAAGUGUCGUACUGUAGUCCUAGCGGUAAGUGAUACUAAGGCGGCUGCUACUCGAGGUAGCACCUCACUCGUGAUUCAAGUACAGGGUAAUGGCAAUACUCGCGUUCCGAUAGAGGCUACGAUUCUCCCACGCAUCUCCGCCCAAUUACCUAGUAGACAAGUCGAACAAAGAGCGUGGAAACACAUAGAGGGAUUAAAGCUCGCGGAUCCGCAGUAUCACCGACCUGGUCCCGUCGACCUCUUAAUCGGCGCAGAUAUCUUUGCCUCGUUGAUUCGGGACGGUCGUCGUCUAGGAAGGAAAGAGGAUAUCGGUAGCUUAAGACGCAAUCAGAGUUGCUCCAGACCUCUGCGAAAACUCGCCCCCUUCUUGGAUGGUCGCGGAGUCCUCAGGGUGGGCGGCAGGCUCACCCAUUCCGCCAUCUCAUACAAGGUUAAACACCCCGCAUUGCUGUUUAACCGACAUCGACUCACGGAACUUAUAGCAGAGCGCACCCACCGCCUACAUUUGUAUCCGGGACGUCGAGCGUCACAUUACAUCUUGGCACAAAACUUCUGGAUCCUAGUAGAAGCUAUCUUGAACUCCAGACCCCUCUGUCCCACCAGUUCAGAUUCCAGCGACCUUGGGGUGCUUUCCCCGGGGUAUUUCCUCACCCUGGAGUCUUUCAUGGCGGUUCCACACCCUGACCUGAACCCGGUGCCGAAAAACAGACUCGAUCGGUGGCAAAUGGUGCAACACAUGCACCAACAGUUCUGGAGGAGGUGGCAUGACGAGUACCUACACACCCUCCAACAACGACCGAAGUGGUUGCAAUCGGCACCUACGGUAAAAAAGGACACACUGGUCCUGGUAAAGGGCGAAAACGCCCCUCCCUUGCAAUGGAGGCAAGGGCGAAUCGUGGAGCUGCACCCGGGCCGUGACGGCGUCGCUCGGGUCGCUACGGUGCAGACGGCGGAUGGCGUGCUUACCCGUCCUCUGGCGAAGUUGUGCCCACUGCCGAUGGACACUUCACCAGAGGAAUCUGUUCAAGCAUAG